UUUCUGGGGGGAGGGAAAAAAAGAAAAAAUCAAGAUGGCGGCUUUAGCAUUUGCGCCAACCUGCAGUUUCUUGUAAAUGUCAAAUGUAACCUCAAGACCCGCAUUUUCUCCAGAAUCCAUGUGGAUUAUGUGCACAAUGAAGCAGAAGGAAGCCAUCUGAACCCGGAACUGACUGGUUAAAGCCUCCCUCCCUCCUCUGACUGAGUGAGCGGGAUGUGUGAGAGCUACACCAGGUCGCUGCUGCGGGUGUCGGUGGCGCAGAUAUGCCAGGCACUCGGCUGGGACUCCGUGCAGCUGACCGCCUGCGAUCUGCUGACCGAUGUCCUUCAUAGGUACAUUCAGCAGCUGGCCAGGGGUUGCCAUCGCUACUCGGAGCUUUAUGGGAGAACAGACCCAGUUUUGGAUGAUGUGGGACAAGCUUUCAAACUGCUGGGGCUGAACCUAAAUGAACUAGAAGAUUAUAUCCAUAAUCUUGAACCAGUAGGAUUUGCACAUCAGAUCCCAUUGUUUCCUGUUAGCAAAAACAACAUUUUGCAGUUUCCACAACAUGGCACUAGAGAUGCUGAAGAAAGGAAAGAAUAUAUUCCUGAGUAUAUGCCACCAAUUGUAUCCUCUCAAGAAGAAGAGGAAGAAGAGCAUGUUCCUACAGAUGGUGGUACCUCUGCUGAAGCAAUGCAGGUUCCCUUGGAAGAAGAAGAAGAAGAAAUGGAGGAUGAUGAAGCAGUCAAUGAUGAAAAUAUUUUGGGAAAACGGCAACUGGAAAGCCCAGAAUCAGUAGAUAUGCCUCUAGCAAAGAGGCCAAAGCUUGCAGGCAUCACAACAGAAAGUCCAGACAGAAGUGUGGAAAUGAGAGAACCUCUUACUUUGAUAAAUCCACAAAAGGUGCCACUUGUACAAUCUCCAGUUAAAGCAAAUGACACUUCAGUUUCUUUGCCUCCAUCCCCAGAGCCUCCAGCACCUGUACCAAAAGUACAGUUGUUGCCUCCAAAAAGUAUAGAUCCCAAGCUGUCUACUCCUAAAGUAAAAUCUAAAAUGAACUCAUCAAGUCAAAAGACAAAGUCCCCUAAGGCAGCAAAUUUCACUGCUGUUGCUGGAAGUCCUAUAAGGUCUCCAAAACCUGCACCUAAGGAAAAAAAAUCUCCUGGACGAACCAAAAGUCCAAAAAGUCCCAAAAGUCCUAAAGCACCAUUUAAUGUUAGUCAUCCAGCUGGAAAGGCUGAUACACCCAUUAGGACACCAUUAGCUGUGCUAAGUGAAAAAAUGGGAAAGGAAAACAUCCUUUUAAAACAAGGACAGUUGCAAAGUGAAAAUGAAAAAGACACUUCUGAGAAUUUACUGAAAAAGCUGCCAGAGAUUGAUAACACAAUUGAUGACUCAAUAGAUGCAGUUAUUGCUCGGGCUUGUGCUGAGCGAGAACCAGACCCAUUUGCAUUUUCAUCUGGAUCAGAAUCAGAAGGUGAAAUUUUUACUAGUCCUAGAAGGCUUACAAUUUCUGAGCCAUUAACUCCUAAAGUGACAUCGAAUGCAAAUAGUUCCAUCAAGGGUAAUGUAACUUCUGUUCCUCCUGUAGGAACUUCAAGCUCAGAUAAUUCAUGGACAAUGGAUGACUCAAUUAAUGAAGUCAUACGAAAAGUAAGUUUAGGGACUCCUUCUAGCUUGCCACCCAACCCCCCAUAUUUAUCAUCUCCAUCUGCCUCACCACCGACCCCAGAACCUCUUUUAAAGCUCUAUGAAGAAAAGACUAAACUUGCCGCUUCAGUAGAUGUUAAGAAGAAAUUGAAAAAAGAACUGAAGACAAAAAUGAAGAAGAAAGAAAAGGAGAAGCAAAAGGAAAAGGACAGGGAAAAAGAAAAGGGCAAAGAAAAAAACAAGGACAAAAUAAAAGACAAGGAAAAAGACAAAGAAAUCAAUAAGGAGCCCAAAUUACAAUGGAAGGAUCUUAAUAAAGAGGAUGAGCAGGAGCCAGUGAAAUUCAAACUGAAGGAGUUUGAUGAGUCAGAUACCAGGACUAAAGCAAAAGAUGCUCCAACAAAAAAAGAAAAAGAUAAACACAAAGAUAAAAAGAAAGAUAAAGAGAAAGGUAAAAAAGAUAAAGAAAAGAAAGAGAAGGGCAAAGAUAAAGCUAGAGAAGAGAAACUGAAAAACCAAGGCACUUUAAUGUCUCCCAAGGAGACCCAGUUACCUUUAUUUAGUGCUCAAGCUGGUGUUAGACUUUCUUCCAUGUUGUCCACCCUUUCCCCAAUACUGCCUGAAAAACUUUUUGAAGAGAAAGAAAAACCCAAAGAAAAGGAAAAGAAGAAAGAGAAGAAAGAAAAGAAAAAAAAGAAAGACAAAGAAAAGGAAAAAGACAAAGAAAAAGAAAAAGUAAAAGACAAAGAAAAGGAAAAAGAAAAGGAAAAGAAAGAAAAAGAGAAAGAAAAAAAGGAGAAGGAGAAAGACAAAGAGAAAGAAAAACACAAACACGAAAAAACCAAAGUGGAACCCCCUGUUCCAGCUCCCUCUCCUGUCAUCCCAAGAUUGACCUUAAGGGUUGGUGCUGGCCAGGAUAAAAUUGUCAUCAGUAAAGUGGUUUCACCUGGAGAAGCAAAGGCACCCAUAUCUAAGACACCAGUGCAGAAGACACCAGCACCUGCAGCACGUCCAAAAUCUCCACCUUUGCCACCACCACCACCAAUGCCAACACCAUCACCAGCUCAUUCAGUACCUCCACCUCCUCCCCCAAUCCCCCCUCCUACUCCUACCCCAGUUCCAGCUGCUGUAUCACCAGUUUCAGUGCUGCCUCCCUCACCUGCAGUUCCUUUAGCAGGUUCUUCAAAAACUCCUGUCAGAAGUGUAGUAACCGAAACUGUCAGUACCUAUGUGAUCCGCGAUGAAUGGGGUAAUCAGAUCUGGAUCUGCCCAGGAUGUAACAAACCAGACGAUGGCAGCCCAAUGAUUGGAUGUGAUGACUGUGAUGACUGGUAUCACUGGCCCUGUGUUGGAAUCAUGACACCUCCUCCUGAAGAAGUUCAGUGGUAUUGCCCAAAAUGUGCCAACAAGAAAAAAGACAAGAAACACAAAAAGCGAAAGCAUAAAGUCCAUUGAUGGUUGCUAACAGCAAUUUGUUUUCCUCUUCUGAGCCACAUCAUCCUUUUAUCUAACUUCCCUUUAGAGACAGAGCUGAAGAAAAGUGCACACAUUCAUUGACUCAGAAUUAGAUACACCGUGAAAGUCCAAUGAUGUACAAUAUUAACAAUUUGUCAAGUAAGUACACUGUGCCUGCAUAUUGCACAAUGGGAGCUCUGUAAGACAAUGAACUGUCCUGGAAAAGUCUUGUAUUUACAAGAGCCUUCUGACAUGAUACAGUAGGUUGGUUUAACUUUUAUGUAAACAAACAGAAAUCUUGAUGCUCUUGUAUGUAUAUGUUUUCAUUAUGUAUCUGUCACUUUGUAAAACCACUUAUUUUGGCUAUGGGGAAUACAUUUGCACUGACACAGGAGUAGAAAAAAUGUGUUUUCUUCAGGAGUAAGAAUAUGAAUAGAGGUAGAGGUGCUUAUCUGAUCCUCUCUUGUGAAAGCCCUCUGUGUUCCCCAGCAGAGUGUAUUUAAAAAGAAAAAAAGCAACCUUGCUGUCAUAGAGUUCCCAAUAAGUGGUAAUAGAAUGGACUGGAUCAGUGAAAUGUAAAAAUAAGAAGUCCUUUUUAGAGCCUUGAAAUGGAGAAUCUAUAGGACAGAAGAUUUGCUACAGUUGUAUAGUUUUCUAUUGCUUUAAAUGUGGUUCUAUUUUAAUGAUCAAUCCUAAUGGGAGAAAAUAAGUUCAGAAAUCAUUCUAAUUCAAAAAAAAAAUCUGGAUAAUUUUCUUUUUUGCAAUAAAUGUCAACAUUAAUGCAGUCUAUGCUGAUUGUAUGUAUGUAUGUAUGUAUGUAUGUGUAUGAGUGU